AUGGCAACUACUGAAGAAGGACCUUCUCGAAGAACGUUUCUAAGCAGAGGAUGUUUACAACAUUCCAUCUACGAGUGGCUUACACUUGUCGCCACGCUGUUCGUUCCCCUUGUUGUUGGAAUUCUAACCGUUGUUCUUCCAUUGCAGCAACAAAAUCUCAGCGAACGUCAAAAUGAAAAUUCCAAAACAAUCGCAAUCAACAAUCGCCUGCAAGAUAUGGAAUUGUUACACGAUCAGCAGAAACAGUUGAUUCUGAAUACAUUCGAAAAAGAUCUAACGUCACUGCUAUUUCGAUACAGUACAGUAUCGUCGGGUAAUGAUACAUACAGCGAUGGCGAUGACGAGGAAGAACACGACGACGACGACAAUGAUGAUGAACGUAUCUCAUUAGUUAUUCGCACUAAAGCUUUAUACGCUUUGCGACAACUCGAUCCACCCCGGAAGAUUUUACUCAUUCAACUAUUGAUUGACAGUGGUGUGAAAAAUCGUAUCGAUCUAUCGCAUGCAGAUUUUUCUUUAUCGGUGUUUCCACCAGGCUCAUUCUACGAUCAGUUGCAAUUCGUCAAUGUCAUUGCUCGAAAUAUGAAAAUACAACGUAUCAGUUUAUAUCAAAGCAAUUUCUCGUAUUCGAUCUUGGACGGCUCGUCGUUUAACGGAUCUAAUUGUUCCCAUAGUGAUUUUAGUUAUGCAUCUUUACAGCGAACGGAUUGGGCAAAUACAGAUGUUUCUCAAGUUAUGUUCAAUCAUUCAAAUUUGUCAGGAGCAAAUAUCACACCUCAGCAAUUGACUACAGCAUUCAGUUUGCAAGGAGCAAUUUUACCCAACGGUUCAACGGCUCUUAUAUAA